UGGAAGAAGACAUCAAACCGAUAUCAGCCAAAAUAACUUUGGCGGCAGAGUUAUAAAAUUACGCCGGAAAGCAAACUUUGUAUCAAUCAGCAAAAACUAAAAUGGAGCGCUUCUUUGUUCCUUAGAAUUGUCAAAGCCUGAAGAUACGCAUCGGCUCUCCAAAGAAGAGUUUCGCUUUCAUAAUGAUAACAGGGAUCGCUUCUCUAGUUUACGCAGUUUUCCUGUCCAUCAUGAUAAUUUUUAACAUAGCAGGGAACUCUUUUUGCUUGGUAAUUUUGAAAAGGAAAGUAAUGAAAACCUCGAUCAACUGGCUUCUUUUCCAUCUGGCGGUUGCUGAUUUACUGGUCGCGGUAUUAUUCAUUCAUCCAUGCAUCCUGAGCCACUUCAUUGAACUACCGGGCGGAGUUAUUGGAAAUGUACUGUGCAAGUUUUUUUCCAGUGGGUCCCUGGGUUGGAUAGCGGCUACCACUUCGAGCUUUCUGUUGGUUGUCAUAGCAACGGAACGGUAUAGUGCCACCUUACACCCGUUGAAAAAGAAGCGAAGUGGUCGAUCAUCGUGGUGGGUGCCAGUUGCAUGGGUUUCUGCAAUUCUGUUGCUAAUGCCCUCCAUUGUUGUAACAAGCUACGAUUCACAAAAUCAGCAGUGCAAGCAACACUUUCCAGACAACACAACAGCUCGUGCAUACAAAAUUACUUGGUCAACCAGCAACUCCCUCCUCCCGAUGUGUAUCUUGGGAUAUCUUUACGCACGAAUUAUUUGGUGUCUGCGCAACCGCACCCUCGUUCCAUGCUCCUCUCAGAAAGCCACCACAGAGUCACGAAAGGUAACUAAGAUGCUUAUUUCAGUGUCGGCCAUCUUUAUCAUGUGCUGGACGCCUCCUGCAGUGCUUUGCCUGCUUGGCCCCUUGAUUCGUGGCGGUUAUACCACAGUAUACUAUGUGUCCCAAGCAAGUGCACUUCUGAAUUCUUGUCUAAAUCCGCUUGUGUACACCCUACAUAGUCAGCAGUUCAGGAAGAACCUCGUCUCGUUUAUGCCAUGCUGCAAAAGCAAGCUACUUGAUUCUCGCUUAACGGGCAAAGCAACAAAUUCUCCUGAUAUAAGAUUAUUAACUUAUUAGACAGCUAGCUGGUUUGAACCCAGUUCCAACCGAAUCUACACUAACAAUU